AUGACCGAGGAUGCGACCGCCCAGCGCGACGCGAACGAACUGCUCGACCAGACUCCCCCGACGCAGCCAUCGACCCUUCAGAGGAGGACGGCGAACGCCAUCUGGAGGAUCUGGAGCGCCUGCUCCGCGCCGAGCCAUCAGACCUGCGGCGGGAGUGACGCCUGCGGGAACCUCGCCGAACGCGUCUUCUGCUCUCCGGGGAGGAGGACGACGAGCUGGACCGAACCCUGCGCUGGCGUGACCCCUGGGGAAGGGAAAGGGGAGGCGGCAGCGGUGCCCAACAGUAACAGUGAUGCCCCAUUACUGCCCCCCAGUAAUAGUAAUGCCCAAUUAGUGCCCCACAAAAAUAGUAAUGCACCAUUAGUUCCCCCUAGUAAUUUCAAUGCCACAUUAGUGCCCCCUAGUAAUAGUAAUGCGCCCAUGCCCCCCAGUAAAAGUAAUGCCCCAUUAUUGCCCCUCAGUAAAAGUAACGUCCGAUUAGUGCCUCCAAGUAAUAGUAAUACCCCGAGUAAUGCAUUACUAUUACUAGGGAAGACUCAUGGUAGUAAUAGUAAUGCCCUAUUAUUGCCCCCCAGUAAUAGUAACGUCCCAUUAGUGUCCCCCAGUAAUAGUAACGUCCCAUUAGUGUCCCCCAGUAAUAGUAAUGCCCCAUUAGUGCCCCCAAAUAAUAGUAAUGCCCCCAUGCCCCCAAGUAAUAGUAUUGCCCUAUUAUUGUCCCCCAGUAAUAGUAACGUCCCAUUAAUGCCCCCCAGUAAUAGUAAUGCCCCAUUAGUGCCCCACAGUAAUAGUAAUGCACCAUUAGUGCCCCCUAGUAAUUGCAAUGCCACAUUAGUGCCCCCUAGUAAUAGUAAUGUCCCCAUGCCCCCCAGUAAUAGUUAUGCCCCAAGUAAUGCAUUACUAUUACUGGGGGAGACUCAUGGUGUAUUGCUAUUACUGCUCCAUUAG